GUUAGGUUAUAUCAAUUUGACAGUUUAGUUAUAUUAGGUUAUAUCAAUUAUUUUCCACCCCUUGCCGAGUCAUAUACAUGACCGUGAAAUUUCUUCGCUUUUUCGAACGCGAGACGAGUUUCGAUAAGUCGCGGAGGUUCAAAGUCUAUCGUCCAAUCAUUCGCGAUCCGUCGUCAUCAGUGGUCACGGAUCAUAUGAUCGAUCGACGCGCAUUUUUUGCACCUGCAUUUUUCUGUCCGCAGUAAAUUAUUUUUACAAGUAUUUGGAGGUGUUGUUCCAUCUGAGACAAACCCGAAUUUAAUUUCAAUUGUCAUCAAGAAUGGGUAACAGGUCGAGUCUUCUUUUGCGCGAGGAUGAAAUAGCGCAGAUACAGAAUGCUACUGGCUUUACGCCAAAUCAAAUCGAACGUUUAUACAGCCGCUUUACGAGUCUGGACCGUGGAGAUUGCGGGACGCUCAGCCGAGAAGAUUUUCUCAGGAUUCCAGAAUUGGCGAUAAAUCCUCUUGGCGAACGGAUAGUAAACGCUUUCUUUGAAGAAAGCGGAAACGACAGGGUGAAUUUUCUGCAGUUCAUGCAGGUCUUGGCCCAUUUUAGGCCUAUCAAGAAGAACAGCCCCAAUCGAUUGAAUUCUAGGCAACAAAAAUUGAGAUUUGCAUUUAAAAUGUAUGAUUUGGACAAUGAUGAUUUGAUAUCAAAGGAUGAACUACUUGCUAUUUUGCAUAUGAUGGUUGGAGCAAACAUCAGCGAAGAACAGCUAACCAGUAUUGCAGAACGGACCAUAGUCGAGGCUGAUGAAAAUGGUGAUGGUAUGAUAUCGUUUGAAGAAUUUUGUAAGGCACUAGAACGUUCGGACGUUGAGCAGAAAAUGUCCAUAAGAUUUCUCAGUUAAAUUGAUUGUUGGUUUAUAUAAAAUAUAAUAUAGAAUUUAUAAGUAGGUUUGUUAGGUAAUUGUGUUAUAAAUUUUUAUAAUUACAAGAUUGUGCAAUAUACAGACAUCCAUAAGUAAUCAUAAAUAAGUAUAACAGAUAAUAAAUCAUAACAGUAAACAAGAAAA